AUGAACAACAGACCUGUGGAGCAAGCUCUGUCUACGUUGCUGCCAACGCACGCCAAUGACCUACCACCAGAGCUCGUCAGCUUAGCCCUGUCCUUAGUCGCGCAAUCCCGAAGUUUUGCAGCAAGCCUGAAGCCUGAAGAGGAGAUUGCACGGCCCUAUGCCUGUGCCGAGAUAGCAUGCAGAAGGACCCUCAAACUUCCUCCAUUACUUGGCCAUCCGCCGUGCCCUCCACGAGCAUAUAAGAAACUAUACUCUUUUCUGGAACGGUCGUUAUCAAGUAGUGUCAGCCCCUCAAAGCACGCAAGAGACAGUUUGGCCCAAGGGACGCCUUCACGCUCCGGCUCUGCACCUUCAACACCUACGAAGACACAAGCACUUGUAAAAGCCACUGCGACACCGCGACGCCUUCAAAAUACAACGAGCAAGUCGACGCCUCUCAAACUGGCUGCCAAUGCCUCGGACAGAGCGGCUGCUCCAUCGCCCACUCCUCAGAAAACCAGCAAGCUCCGUCCCAAUGGUCUGUCCGGCUCUACGAUCAUCCCCGAUGCACCUGCGUGGGUCAUGGAUUCAAUCCGGAUUGUAUGCAAGACACUUUCUACUCCAGCACCGCGCACGAGCACAUGGUCUCGGCCGCCAAUCUCCCGAACUCUGCCGCCACAUAUCUUUGCCGGCGUAUCAUCGAUCCUCUACCUCAUCUCGAACCUCUCAGCAAAGAAUGACGAGGAUCUGGACGAAGAAAUGAUGGAAUUUCUCGAGCCAAUCAUCACUGUCAAGGAUACAGAGAAGGACGAGGAUUUUAAGGAGCUCGUGUACGCCUUGAUCGUAGCAGUUUACUUCAUUGUACUUGCGCGCCGGCGCAAUGCACCAGACGAUGGCUCUUCGGAGGCAGGCGAGGCACGGAAGAUGGACAAGAAGACGUUUUCGGAGAUGCGGCAAACUGCCCUUGUCAGCCUUGGCCUGCCGUCCACGGAGCGGCGGCACCGCGACGAUGUCGAUCAGUGGAUUGCGUUAAUUAUGGAGCAAGGCUGGACGAAUGGUCAGGAUUGGUUCGAGAAUAUCCCGCGGGCUGGGGAAGUGGACGGCGACGAUGAGUACCUGUCGGAUGAAUAUGACGGCCGUGAUAACAAAAGAAAGCGCCAGAAGACAUCGGGUGCAGGCCACGGUUUUCUUUUGGAGAACUCAUCGAAAAGGAAAGGUCUUCUGCCUGGUUUGGGGACAAUGAUACAGGACCGGGUCGACUGGUUGAGCGCGGAUCGCCGCGAGGAUUACAUUGAAUGGAAGGCCGAUGUAAUGACGCGCAUUCAGCAAAUGACCUCUACUAGAUGA